AUGUUUCGAUUUUUAUAUCGCAAUGCAAACUCCGAUGGUUCAUUCCAACGAAAUGUGAAGACUGUCUUUACUAGCUAUCUUAUAGCGCUACAACCUUGGUCCUUUUCCGUCUCACUGGCCCCAGUCGCUUUGGGUAAUGUCUUGUCCUGGCGCGAAAAAUCGCAAUUCAGUUUGCCCAUCUUUCUAUUCUCAACUAUCGUCGUGUUAUCUGUUCAUGCUGCUAGCAAUGCCGUCCACGCUUAUCGAGAUGGACAUGGAAAAACAGAUCAGGAAAGAUCCGGGAAGGCAGACAAAGAAAGAUCUAAAGCCAUGGUACAAAUCGGAGCCGUGUUGUACGUUUUGGCUUGUGUAGCAAUGUUUGUGGUGACGUGCAUUUCACCUGCGAAAAUGGAACAUCUUGCCUUACUGUUCUUUGGUGGAUUGUCCGCCUCCUUUCUGUAUACAGGUAGUCAAACCUAUUGUUUUAACCCAUCGUAGUUUGUGUCUGAAUUAAUUCCUGAAAUAAUACACUUCGAAAUAAAGGAGCAUUGUCAUGAGAUUAACCCCCAUAUGAAAGCCUUCGCUCGAAUUCAGUAUCUAACUUCUUUAAAUUGCGCAUUCCCCCUGGUGUGUGUCAAUCGCUAUUGUUCUUAAACAUCCCAUAUUUAGACAUAACUAUAAUAUUACCUGAAGUGGAUCUGAAAUUGAUUCAGAGGCGUAUCGGGCAAAAUGUGGAAACAACCAAAAACGAGCUGAGACAGUUUCGAGAUCGAUUUAAAGGUAGACCACCUCGCUCGAGAGGUGGUACGCCUUGGAACGGUUUCAUGUUUUACAACAGAGCUAAUUUGUGUGUGUUGGUUUUGUGUACUCAGGUGAAUAUGAUGUUAUAAAACUCGUAGCUCAGUUGGUAGAGCAUUGGACUGGUAGUAAUUAGUAUCCCAAAAAUCGCGAGUGUAAUAGCUACUGGUUUUAUAAAUUCAUUGAAUGAUUUUAUUCUCUUAGGUGGUUGGAGUGCAAAACCCCAUAGUGCACUGGGCGAUUUGCUUAUCAUCGUUAUGUUUGCACCUAUAGCUGUUCUGUUCUCUUAUGUCGCUCAGUGUGGACAAUUUGACCUAAAACCUGUCCUCUAUGCUAUGCCACUAGCGCUCAACGCCGAAGCUAUCUUCCAUAGUGAGAACGUCAGAGUUAUGGAGCGAGAUAAAGGACAUGGUACCGUCACAACUGCUACGGUUUUAGGCCACCGAGGAUCUUAUGUAUUCUAUGUAUUUCUGCUCUUCACACCGUAUAUAAUUUUCAGUGUAAUGCUAAUCAAAGGCUCCCUGGGAUUUGUUUUCCCGCUUAUAACUCUUCGUGGAGCUUUUGACUUGGAGAAAUGUUUUCGACAGCGGAAAAUAGAAACAAUGCCUUCACGGACUGCGCGAUUGAAUACCUACUUGGCUGUGAUAUAUAUUUUGGUCACAUUUUGA